CAACAGCUGUUUAUUGUUUUGCUUUCAGAGUUCAGAAAAACAUCUUCAAAAAUGCUAAGAAAACUAUUAUUUAACACGCAAGUUGUAUUAAAGCAGCAACCAAAGUUACAUCACAUAAGACAUCUGGCCAGUCCCAAGAUUUUGCAACUCGAGCAAGUCCACAUAGACGAAGCAAUCAAAAUAGAGCCUACUUUAUCUAUUUUCUCACCUGAGAUCUGGAGAAGGGCCCACGAAACCUUUCAAAAUCACGGUUUGGAAACGGUUAAUUUCCUGAGGAUUGUAACCGGCAAUCCUGCAGUUCUGAAACGAACACCAGACAAAAUAAUCAACAGCCUAGAAAUCUGGAGAGCCUGUCAAUUCGGCGAGAAUCUUCUGCACCUUCUCCUCACAAAAUAUCCUGAACUACUGGAUAUAAGCGACUCUCAUCAGUUACUUUCCCAAAUUGGCUUUAUUAAGAGCCGCGUUUCCACCAGUAAAAAUGUUUGGAAACUAUUGAUGAACAGUCCGGAUUUAAUAGCCCAACCCGAGGAAACCGUAGAGGAAAAACUAAAUUUCAUAAUAGAUGUGAUGCGAGUUGAAGUGCCGGAACUAGCGAAAUCGGCAGCAUUGUCUUUACCAUUUAGUGAGCUGCGUUGCCGUCACGAAUUCUUGGUCCGUUUGGGUCUAUUUAAGCCCCGGCCUCUGAAAGCCGAUCCAAAUGAGCCCACUACCAACCACAAACUGUAUCAGAUUACGGACACGUCCGAGAAGAGUUUUGCCACAAAGAUCUGUCAUGUCACCCUGCCUGAAUACGAAGCUUUCAAGGAACUAUACGCCAAAGAACUGGAGCGUAAGACGAGAAAAGCUAAAGAGGAGGAAGAUUCUAGCGAUGAAGAUUAAGGUUCAUCAUUGAAACCAAUUAUAUUUGUUAUAUUUCAUUGCCCCUUCCAUUUUACCCAAGAUC